UGGCUCGAAGAGUCUAAGCCCGUUGUGAUUGGCGGGUCGAGGAGAAGCGGCGCGAGACAGCAGAGCGCAUGGCACGCCAUCCUUUGGAGCCGCGGCGCGACGAGCGGCGGAACCGAGCCGGCGAAACGGUCUGUUCUAGUCGCUCCGAGGCGGCCGGUCCCGCCGACUUGAAAAAGGGCAGGUGCGAAGAGGAGAAAUAACAUUGCCAGAGGUUCCUCUCUCAGUGUCAGAAGCCAGGCCGGUCUCGAACAUAAACAUAUUAUGGCCGCAACGAGUGUGUCGUGUGGUGCAGUGAUGCUGUUUAGACUCGACAUGAACCGAGUGCUGAGGGUUACGACUUUGGCCGCGGCCCGCAAGUGCAGCCAGAACGAAACUUGGUGCAGGAGAUGGAGGAGUGUUUCGAGGCGUGGACUGGCCACCACCGCUUCCUCAUUUUCAUCGAGUCUUGAACCUAGUCUGAAGAAGGAGCCGAAGGAUAAGAAGACUUUCGCAGAUACUCCAGAACUUGCCGAAUGGAGCGAAAGGAUCAGCUUGGAUCUCAAGGAUUUUAAGAGCAAAAAGCACUGUAGAAAGUAUGUUUCCGUUAUUUACCACAGAGGAUUGCCUCGAGUCACUGUUCCCUUGCCGUCUAGACGUGAGAAGUGCAUGUUCACCCUGAAGCCGAUCACACAUACAGUAGGAGAUUUUCUGGAGAUGCUUAAGCAGGAGGAUAAGGGAAUUGACCGAGCCUUGAUCACGACGAUAGAUGGAAUUAGAAUAGCUUCGGCAAACUCGAUAGAAUCUUUAAUGGAAGAGGAUUUCAAGCUCAUCGUCAAUGACAACGUCUACACGGUGACUGCACCUCUGCAUGACAGACUCACGAUGGAGGAAGCCCAGCGGUUAUCGGAUGUCAAAGUCUUAGUCGGACAACUUUACGAGGCUCUUCACGUCGAUGAGCAUCAACUACAAGAGGAGAAACAGAUCCUGACUCAGCUCGAAGACAUCAAGAUGCAGUUGCAGCCGUUGGAGGAUAAACGACUGGAGCUUGAAGCCACCGCAUCUAGACGCACGAAUCUUCUAACGUGGGCUGGCCUCGGUUUGAUGUCAGUUCAAUUCGGUAUCCUUGCCAGGUUAACCUGGUGGGAGUAUUCCUGGGAUAUCAUGGAGCCUGUUACUUACUUUGUAACCUACGGCACCGCGAUGGCUUGUUACGCUUACUACGUACUUACUAAGCAGGAAUAUCUGCUACCCGACGUACGAGAUCGCCAGCACCUGUUGAUCCUGCACAAAAAAGCACGCAAACUUGGCUUGGAUUUAAACCAGUAUAAUGUUUUGAAAGAGCAGUCAAGCGAACUGGAAACGAAGCUGCAACGUCUACGAGAUCCGCUGAAGGUACGAAAGACCUUCGUUGACAUAAAGAGAGAAGAAAGAGAGAAGUACUCGAGCAGUAGCUCCAGGUCGCCGAGCAGCUCGCCUAGUCCUAGUCCCGAAAGAGAAGAGACGAAGAAAAAACAAUUUGCUGAAACGCCGAAAAAAAUCUCUGACGUAGUUCGCGAAUUUAGCGCAAAAAAACCGACAAGAUAAGUCUCAAAUAAAACAAAAAAACGACGUGAUGAUCCACGUGACGAUGCAACGCUAUUCUCUAAAGUCAAGCGUUAUUACGGUAUAGCGUGAAUGUAAAAUUGUCACGCGGAUUUGUUUUUCGUAAUUUAUAUCGUGGAACUGAUCAAUUUGUAAAAGGAUUCGGUCGCGUUUAGUUAGGUAUUUGAGUUUCAGGCGAUUGCCAAUGUCGUUCGGUGCCAUAUAUUGUAACUUGAUUACGAAUAAAUUUUUCAUAUGGAGCUAAGAUUUAAGUAGAUAUAUACAUAUAAUACAUAUUAUUGUGAUGAAAUGAAACGCGACAACCGAUAAUCUGAUAAGGAAGUAUAAGAGUUCAUCGAUUGUUCGAGGUUUAUCUAUGGAAUUGUUUAAUUUCGUUUUAAUAAUUGAACAUUACUGAUUUUAUCUGCUUUCCACGAUUUAAAUUGGUUUAAACAUAAAAUUUACUAAUACUAAAGAUUAGGUAAACGAAUUAUUACGAAAUAAAGGUUAUCUUGUAGUUAAUUGAGUAAGAA